AUGACUCCCUCAGCAGAGCAGCAGGAAGUGCCCAUGGGAAUGAGUGCUAUGAGUGCUAUGAGUGCUAUUAAUACCUCCACUGCUGAUGCUGCUGGCACUACUGCUACCACCACCAGUACAGGUAGUGGUGGUAGAACUGCUGGUACCGGUACAGAAGCUACUAGUACUAGUACUAGUACAUGUACCACAGCAGCCUAUUGGCAGCAGAUCUUUGACGAUGAAAGUGGAAGAUUUAAUGAUAAGAGUCAAAGUCAGAAAAGUCAGAAAAGUCAAAGUCAGCAAACCCAAGAUGAAGAUGAAAGCGCCAAAGCCAAAGCAAGAGCCAAGAAAGACAAAGACAGGCUGUCAGCCACCAGUGCCACCACUGCCAAUUCCAGGUCCAGUAUGAAUUCAAACACAAGCAGAAGUGCAAACAGGUACAUCAGAGCAAGACCCAACAGCAGAAGAAACCAGCCUUCAAAUGCUGCAAAUGCUGCAUCAAUCAACAGUCUUCAGUCUCAAGCACAAGCAUCAUCCAGUCAAUCCCAGGCACAGGCUCAGGCUCAGGCUCAGGCUCAGGCACAAGCUAAGGUCAGAAGGGAAAAAGAGCAAGCCAAUGUUACAGCUACCAGACACCAUAAAAGGUCUCCUUUAGCUCAAAGAGGAAGGCAAGAUACUGCCGAUAGCAUGCCUUCUCUUCAACAACAACCAACAUCAACACCAACACAUACUCAGACUGACUAUGAUACUGAUGCAGAUACAGCAGCACUAAUACAGCAAAAGAAAAUGCAAGUCAGGAACCAAAUUGCAUCCAUUCAAAACCUUGAACAGCAGCUGGCAAACAACACAAACAACACAAACAAUUCAAACAAUUCAAACUCUCUGCAAGAAACACAAGAAACUCAUGAUGAAUCAGAGCAAAACCAACAGCAAGGGCAACUGCAGCAGUCAGAUGAACAGACGCCUGGAGCUUGGUGCGUUCCUGGACCCAGCUUUGAAAGACAACUUUCAAACACACUGUCCGUUUCAUCGGUGGGCAGUUUCAGUGAAACGCAAUCUGUAUCCGUAUCUGCAUCUGCAUCCACUUCGGCACACGAAUUGUGGUCUACGAGUGCAGCUGACCAACACCACUUACACUCGUCCUUUCAAAGCCUCCCAAUAUCCAGCCAACAGCAGCAACAUCAACUACAACAACCUAGCUCACAUCCAUCCAACGAACAACAACCACAAGAACAAGUCCUGGCCGUAGCGGCCGUCGUAGUUGACGAAGACAAAAUCGAACAAGAACGAGAAUCACUCACACUCAAACAACAGGAAUUACAACUGCAGGAAGCAAGAUUGGCUGAACAAGCGGCAAAAUUGAAGGCUUGGGAAGAUGAACUCAAAAGAAAACAGGAACAACUCCAACUCGCAAACAAUCUCGGAUAUGGAACAGCCCAACCGCAACCACGACAGCAACAGCAACAGCAACAACGACAGCAACCUGCCGUUUACCGCAACCACAGCAUGUCACACGGCCACCGCCACGAACAGGAUUCCAACGUUUCACCACCACCCAAUUUUCCACGCCAACGCUCAUGGAGAAUGUUUGCCGCCAAACAAAAAUCAAGAGCAACACCGCCACCGCCAAAACCCAGACGUUCCAACACAUUUCAUGGAGAAGAUAGCAGUGCCUUUAUGCGGAGAAUGAGCUUUGGAAGUAGUUCGGCAGCUGCCGCACGAAGACAAAGCGGUGCGCAUGGCGGCGGUGGCGGCGCUGGAAGCAGACGAACCAGCAUGGAUCUUGCCGCACUGCAGCCCACAGAGCUGGGCAGAGCAUCCAGUUUGGAUGUAGGGCAAUUGGUAGCGUCUGGCAGCAAUCACCAGCCAUCGGCUUACGACAGCUAUCAAUGCAGUUACCAAAGUGGCUUCCACAGCAGCCGUGCUGGACACGAUUCCGGUCAUUCGCUAUUCUCCGAAACACCGGUUGACCAGCACAUGGAGAUUCUAGAUGCACAAGUGCUACGAGCCUCGCAGGUGCUCAAUCCAGAAAUGAUGAACUGCCUCAUCAUUGACUUGGAAAAUGUACCCGCUGACGCUGCUCGGCCACCUUCGCCUCCCACCACUGCCGAUAUUCUCUACCAAGAACUACUCAAAAUGCUUGGGGAAGGACCCAUGCGUUUUGCACCGCCGAGCAAUCAAGUGUCCAUCGAAGAUCAAGUCCGGAUGCUGGAACCGAAACAGCGCAGUGCAUUUCAUACCCUCAAACAACGAUGGGAAGAUAGACAAGACAAACUCGUCGCCAAGUACGGAUGGGGAAACCAAAUUCGCAGCAAAAACAAGAAAAAAGAUAUCAUGGAGUUGUCGGACGAGUGGCACUUGCGAUUCCUGCACUUGUAUCGCUUCCAAAAGGACAAGGCAUGGAGUGCCGAAAAGAAGUUGUCCAAGCGAUACGUCACGCUCAAUGUUCACGGACUGAUUCACCAACUAGAGACCAAGACGCUGUUUCCCAUUCCUCAACUCAAAACCAAGGAUGGGCACGGAAUGUUCUACAUGCGCCCGUCGAGAUUUAUUCCACACGCAACUUCGACCAAGAUGAUCAUCAACAAUUUGUGCUACGUGAUGAACAGCAUGAUGGAAAACAACGCGCAUGCUUGUGAACAUGGGAUUGGAUUCAUGGCGAACAUGGACGAUUGGGGCAUGUCUAAUUUCGACGUGAACUACUGUUACCAGUUCAUGAUGGCGUUGCAAGGGUUCAUGAUUCCCGUCAAGGUGAAGCUGUUCCUGAUUGUGAACCCACCAAGUUGGUUUGGAGUCAUUUGGAAGAUAAUGCGUCCCAUGCUGGCGCCUUCGUUCCGAAAACGCGUCAAGAUGAUUCCCGAGUCCAAGGUUUCGAAGUAUUUGAUGGACGUGCCUGAUCUAUCCAAUUAUUUGCCGGACGACAUGAAAACAGGCAAGGCCAACACGUGCGCCAUGGUGCAAGACUUUAUCUCGUAUCGUCAAUAUGUGGAGCAACAGUUGUCCCAUCAUGGCAGUACUGGCGACGGCCAUUCGGACGGCAAAUCGGUGGUGUCCUCGAGUCAUCAAUCCAGUGAUCACUAUCGUAGCAGCGACAGCGGUGCGUCUUUCGGAUUGUGCUGGAACAGUACGUGCGAAUCGGAUAGUGCCGCAGCGUCGCAUUCGCUCCACAGUUCUGGGAGUGGUCUCUCGCUUAUCGACGUGGACGAGGAUGAUGCUGACGAAGAAGCUUCUAUCCAUUGCGAUAUCAGCGACGAAGAACACGACGAUGUGAAACAAUCGGCUGCAGCGACGAAUGAGAUGUUGUCACGUUCUGCUGAGUUUCAGGUGUACGAGACUGCGUCAUAG